CAGUAGGACUGGGGGACUAGAAGCGCGGCUAGGGUUUGUACGUUCCUCACACAUUUCUCCCCCUCUCUUCAUCUUCUUCGGCUCCACCAGCUGCCUCCGGUCCGCCGCCGCCGAAACCUUAGCCUCCUCCAGCUCCUUGACCUCGGCAGAGCCAUGGCGAUGCGGGCUUGCAGGAGGUUCUUGUAGCCAGAAGGGUCAGUUCCCCAGUCCCCACCUACAAGUACGCGAGUGUAGUGUGACCUUCGCCGCCGCCGCCGUCUCCAUGACGACCAUCAAUCCCUUUGAACUCCUGGGCGCCGACGACAACGACGACCCCACGCAGCUGCUGGCCGCCGCCGCGGCAGCCAAGCAGAAGGCCGAGGCGAAGAAGCAAGCGGCGGCGGCGACCGCCGGCCCCGCCAAGUUGCCAACCAAGCCUGUCCCCCCUGCUCAGGCCGUGAAGGAGGCCCGCAGUGGUAGUGCCCCCUCCCGUGGUGGUUAUGGGCGUGGCGAACGUGGUCGUGGCAGAGGAGGGCGAGGAUAUGGUCAGAACCGUGAUUAUGGCAGCGAAGAUGCUAAUGGGUUUCAGGGAGGAUAUGGUACUGGAGGAGGUGCCAGAGCUGGAGGCGAAGAAGGAGCCCAGGACAGAGAGAGGGGCCCUCGUCCACCGUACCGUGGUGGCGGCGGAGGCCGGCGGGGUGGAUACCGUGAUGGUGAAUUUGGUGAUGAUUCUGAGAGGCCACCUCGGAGGCCCUAUGAACGCCAUAGCGGUACUGGCCGUGGGUUUGAAAUGAAGCGCGAGGGUUCAGGCCGUGGGAACUGGGGAACUACCACUGAUGAAUUUAUCGCCCGGGAAACUGAGGAAGGCCUGAAGCUGGAAGAGAAGGCCCCUGUUCCUGAGAAGCAGGGUGCACUGGAGGAUACUCCACAGGCAGAGGAGAACAAGGAGAACAAGGAUGCCACAGCUAAUGAGGAAGAAGAGAAGGAAGAGGAUAAGGAGAUGACUCUUGAGGAGUUUGAGAAAAUAAGGGAGGAAAAGCGGAAGUCACUUCUUGCCCUUAAGACUGAAGAGAGGAAGGUUGAAGUUGAUAGGGACCUGCAGUCUAUGCAGCCGCUUGCAAACAAGAAAGGAAAUGAUGAAAUUUUCGUGAAGCUGGGUUCUGAUAAGGAUGCUCUGAAGAAGAAAGAAAAUGCUGAUCGUGAUGAACGCGCUAAGAAGUCCGUGAGCAUCAAUGAGUUCUUGAAACCUGCUGAAGGAGAAAGGUACUAUGGCGGGCGCGGCCGUGGCAGGGGCCGUGGAGACCGUGGAGGUUUCAGAGGGGGAUAUGGUGGGGGUUAUCAUGCCCCACCAGCUGCUCCUGCAAUUCAAGACCAAUCCCAGUUCCCUUCGCUUGGUGGGAAGUGAAACAUCUGGUACCUGAAAAUCCAUAUCGUCUUUGCUGUCAAAGUCGGGUUCUGCUUUGCAGAUUACUGUGUCACUGCUAAUCAGACAUAAUGGUGUCGCAUGUUGUUUAUUCCCUGCUGUGAGUCGACUUUGUAUAUCAGAGUUGUCUGUCAGAAUUUUGUUAGGCUAUUUGCCGUUUUACUCGAGAACCAGUCAUGAGUUACCAGCUUUGUUUCUGUUUUGUGGCUA